AUGUUUCUGGACUACUCAAGUCGCAAUGAAUUCGCGGACGUCAAUUCUGCUUUUGCUGAGAAAUACAUCGAGAUUCUUUACAUCGAGAGGCUAGAGGGGCCUCAAUUUCGUUUAGAGUACAUCAAAUCUCGCGCUAAGCAUAUUCCUGAGAUUCAAAACCUGCAGUUGAAAGAUUUACGUGGCAAUUUUGGUUGGUUAACCUACCUUCACGGAAUAAUCCUGUCGCGUGAGCAAAUGAUUGCAAAGAUGGACUUGUUACUCAAGUGUUCAACCUUGUACAUGGUAGAAUUCUCUCUCGAAGGUUGCUCCCCCGAAUACGCAUUCCUUCAAAAUGACAAUGGGGAAAUGAAGUACGAUAGACUCACAAAGGCAGUCAGGAGCACCUACAUUGACUUUUUGAAACCAUGCGAGAAUAUAAUAGAGUCACUUCAAUCUCACUUCAUUGCGUCGCGACCUCAAAAAAAGUUGCCCUUCAGCCAAUUUGACUACCUUCAAAAAGUUAUCUACCAAGAAUUGUUUCCAAAAGCAGAUGGUCCCUUCAAAAUGCAUGUUGGACUGUUGAUAAUGCCCAUUAAAUUUCCGACUUCGUUCCGGGAGGUAAUUGGAGAAAAUGGAUGCCCUAAGUCGGCAAUAAAGUUACGAUUUCAUAAGUGGACUGGAUGCAAGGCAGGAGCAAAUUUGCACAGCCUCAAAGGAACCGAUGUUCGUCCAUCGUUAAUUGAGAAUCGGAUUAUUUCGGUUUGGAAAGCGGGAGACCCGAGACAACUCUUUGAUUAUUAUGCUCAGCUAUUAAAAGUUGGAAGGAUUUCACUCUUCCAGCAAACCAGUGAUGAGACUACCAUAGUUAUGAAAGAGAUUGAAUUGAGGGUGGACCGACGGAACGAAAAAAUUGGACAUUUCGAAGACGUCUUGUCACUCAGUUCGACAGCACUUUAUGAGGAGAGCGAAUUAUCCUGUGCUGGAAACGAGUGCAUUGAUGACAUUGAAACAACGCAAGAGUACAAGAGGAGUUUAAUUAGUAGCGGAAAUUUGUCUGGAGACGUCGUAGAGGUGGACGCGGAUUGCUCGAGAAAUCCGCAUUCGCUUCUAAAUGUUCGAAGCGACUUCCGUAACGAGGGCCUCUUCGAGUCGAAUGACGUUAAAGAUGCAUCUUUACAGGAUGUAGAUAUGUCUCAAUCUAUGGAAACUACCUCACUGUCACCUGCUGUCAUUGGGAAUAAAACAAUAGAACAUUCGCCAGCCCGUGUUAAUUCUUCAUUCAAAUCCAGUUAUAAGGGGAAGCUGAAGUUGAGGUUGAAAUCCAAAUCAAAGCCUUUAGUGCAAACAAGUGAUGCUGCAAAAUCUUGUAAAGCUCAAGGAUCUCAACUUGAAAGCUCCGAAACAUCAAGGAAGAGCGGAAUCUAUUUGAAUGGCCAAAGCGUCACCACCAACCAUGACAAGAACAGUAAUGACAAGUAUACUGACACUUCAACGAAGCUUUAUUCCGUGGUAGUCGAUGGGGUAAAAUGCGAGAUGAAUGAAAUUGAGAGAGAUAUUUAUUUACUAUUAGAGCAGCGUCGCCUUAACCGAGAGGUUGCGGGACAGGUAAUGUCACCGUCUGAAGCAAGUGCUGAAGUGCGGGCUGAGAAGGCAAACAAAUUUCAAAUAGCGAGCAAACAACUGAUGGAAAGAGAAGAGGCUUUCCUGUUUUCUUCCAAUCAAGACGCUUCACUCAAUUCUCAGGACGGAGUUAUUGAUCGCCAGCUUAAAGUCGCCGCAGCCAAAAAGACACGGGAAACUUCAAAAACCCUUAGCGGCCCUAGCAACAUCAGACCCGUUCGCGAUAUUGUUGCCACCAUCGAACGUGCUAGCGAACUUCUGGAAAAAAAGGCCUCACAAGCUAAUGUAUCAGAAGCCGAACCAGACCUCGAGGCGUCAACUCAAGCCACGCCUCUUAGCUUUGAGAGCAUAGAGUUUGAAUUUCGCGAUACAGCUACAAUUGAAAAUAAGAAAGGUAUGGCUCAUGUUCAACUCAAAAGUAGUAUCCCUGAUCUGCAAGGAAAGCAAGAUGUUGUUGAACCACAAGGUUGCGUGCCUUCUUGUGGUAAACUUGAAACAGACAUUCCUCAGAAUAGCGCUGUGGAAUUCCAAUUAGGAGGCUCUCGCUCAAGUUCUCCAACAACCUUUGCCACUCAAUACCAGUGUUUCACGUCAGGAGAGGCUGAGAAAGCGACUGCCAAGAUGUGUGACAAGCCGCGCAAACAGCACAGCGAAUUUCAAAGACCGUCUCAAAUAGCAUCUCAAGUACCAGGCUCUUGCCAUCACUCAAAGAGGAUUAAAUCUUCUAAGCGAAAUAAGAGCCAGAGGAAUGAGAGUAAAUCGAAAAUGAUGCGGGUCCCCACAUUCGUAAUAACAGAGCAAGAGUCAUCACCCCAAAGCUCUCGCUGUGUUGAAUCGAAUACUCUUCCUACAAAUGAUCAAUCUCGACAUAUCACGGAGCAGAGAAGGACUGAGAGUUUUACAGCUAAUGAUGACGGCAAGAUCCUCUGGACCUAUGAUCUCGAUUAUGCUCACGACAAAACAUAUUCUUCAUGGAACGGGUUACGAGACAACGAGGUUGCCACGCCGCCUUUGAGAUCGCAACAAGCUUUGAGUGGCGAAGCGCGCAACGCUCCCACUCCUCACUUAUCUCAUGGGCAGUUGCCGCCACGUAAUGUUCCCAAACGCUAUCAAAGUCUGGUUCAACGAAUGUACCACACGCCUGUCUAUAAUACAGGUUAUGGUUACCCACACGCAGAACAUUCGGCCUAUUUGUCGCGUAAGUGCCAUUGUUACCUCAAAGAAAGUUGCCGUAACCCUUUUCACGAGCAGCGUCCUCCUCCACUUCCUAGGAAAUGUCCCACACCUUUGCAACAAUAUAGCCCACUUCUUGCCCUCGAGCUGCAAACUGAAACUGGCGAAAUAUCAGACAAGCCAUUCACUCAGGGGCAAAGGGUGAAGGAUGAUCAUCUAUGCGACAAAAGCGAUAAUCCAACACUAAAACAACCAACGCUGUCUGUUUCGGACAAUGGCAACGACUAUCUGCGGCAAAGUUCUAACGGUGAGUACCAGACCUUUGAUAUUGCCUAUCCCGGGAAAGAAACAAAGCGAAGUAUCAGAAAUACCGCCAAUGCGCAAGAAAGCUCUUCGGCUAAAGAUCCGCAUUCCUGCUCCGAAAAUGGUCAUCGAGACUUCACAAACUACACCGGGAGCCUUACUCCCUACGACGAUGAUGACCAACAGUCCGUUAUAGUAUCACAUCAUCUAUUCGAUAGCUCCAGACUAUCACAGGAUGCCGUCGCUAUCGAGCCGAUUGUAGACUUGAUUGAUUUGAAUAAGAGUAUGGAAGCGGAUUCUACGAGUAGGCCACAUGUUCCCGAUUCCCUCGUAGUCGAUAAAUCCUUAAGAUAUGGCGAGAAGAUGGAAUUUACCUCCGAAGAACUGAAUGACCUGAAUGAUGUUGACAAUUUGUGUUAUGAUAGUCGCGACGCCAUCUUAUCGUGUGAGCUGUCCGACUUAGAUAUGCGGCUUGCAAGAAGCAAGUCCUUUGAGUGUUUGAAUACGGAACUAGGCAAUGAUAUAGGGUCGUCGAACUUAGAAGACAGUGUGUCUUCAUACUGUUCUGAGUUAUCACUGAGCUCCCCAAUUUCCUCCCAAAUAGACGCGGCUGUUAACAAUCACCUCAAUAAUUGUGCUAGUGGAAAGAACUUACGAAAUGAAUUGGUGAAUUCAUGGCCAUUACCUCCUUUUAUCGCAAGUAAUGGGGUGAUUGUAAGACCUCCAUCUAUUAAGUUCGAGCCUAGUGACCCGAACUACGAUUAUUACACUUAUAUGGCUACUCAAGACCCUGACGGAGAACCUGAGCUCUUUAUCAGAAAACAUUCGAAAAACAAAAGCCUACGUAUGUCGGAGAAAAUUCGCAACUUUGUAUCUCCUCUUUCGGGAUCGGCAUAUGGUUCCUCCCGUCCUCCAAAAGAAAAAAGGACAGCUUUCAAUUAUGAUGAAAUGUAUCCUGCCUUGUCGAGUGUAAGAUUUCGUGACUUCGUGAAAUUCAAAGCCAAGAAGCUGAGAGAUGAUGUAAAGUAUUUCUCUGACGUCGCAAAGUUGUGCGUUGUCGAUUUUAAGGAGAGACCAAUAACAGCAGAACGGGAACUCUAUAAAGAAGAAUUGGUUUGGUGA